AUGGUGCAAUAUCCUUGGUCAUUUUACCGUGAUGUCACAAUUCAACAGCUCCUCACAAGAGCGCGUGUCCCCAUCCCCGAUUUGAUGCAAGAACCCGAAGAUGACACGCUGAACCGCCAGCAAAAAUGGUGGGGUCACCUAAGACGCCUCGCCAAUAGUGUGAAAGACGUUAUGCCGGAAGGAUUCCAGUGGCCUCGAACCUUGAUGGGAUGUCUUAAUUUUGGUGUGGAAUACUUAUUGGGACGAGAUAAACUUUGCAGUUUCUUUGAGGCACUUAACGACUAUGCAUUCAGCAAAAUCAUCCAUCUUUAUCAAGAAAACAAUGAUUUAAAGGAAUAUGUCAGAUACCUUGAAAGAGAACUCAUUAAGAAAGAUAAAUUAGCUAAGAUGCAUUAA